UGAGUGCGCAUGGGGUACUCGGAAGUGUGGCGUACUCGAGUCUUGUGUUACGGAUAGACCGGAAGUGUGGCUUCGUUUACAAUUCGGCAAGUAGGACGGAGAGCGCGUCCAGAGAUACAGAUUCCCAACGGAUUUGAUGACGGUGUUCGGUCUUGAAUGGAAUUGUAGUCUUAGGCCAGUCUUAGCUUUCUGAACAGGAUAAUAGAUCUCUUUUCCAGGGCCAUGGCGAACCCGAAGCUGCUGGGACUGGAGCUAAGCGAGGCGGAGACGAUGGGUGCUGAUUCGGCACGAUUUGAGGAGCUGCUGCUGCAGGCCUCGAAGGAGCUCCAGCAAGCCCAGACAACCAGACCAGAAUCGACACAAAUCCAGCCUCAGCCGGGCUUCUGCAUAAAGACCAACUCCUCAGAAGGGAAAGUUUUCAUCAACAUCUGCCACUCCCUCUCCAUCCCUCCUCCCGCCGACGUGACCGAGGAGGAGCUGCUUCAGAUGCUAGAGGAGGACCAAGCUGGGUUUCGCAUCCCCAUGAGUCUGGGAGAGCCUCAUGCAGAACUGGAUGCAAGAGGCCAGGGCUGUACCGCCUAUGACGUAGCUGUCAACAGCGACUUCUACCGGAGGAUGCAGAACAGCGAUUUCUUGCGGGAGCUCGUGAUCACCAUCGCCAGAGAGGGCCUUGAGGACAAAUACAACUUGCAGCUGAAUCCGGAAUGGCGCAUGAUGAAGAACCGGCCAUUCAUGGGCUCCAUCUCGCAGCAGAACAUCCGCUCGCAGCAGCGUCCUCGGAUCCAGGAGCUGGGGGACCUGUACACGCCGGCCCCUGGGAGAGCUGAGUCAGGCCCUGAAAAGCCUCACCUGAACCUGUGGCUGGAAGCCCCCGACCUCCUCUUGGCCGAAAUUGACCUCCCCAAACUGGAUGGAGCCCUGGGGCUGUCGCUGGAGAUCGGGGAGAACCGCCUGGUGAUGGGGGGCCCCCAGCAGCUGUAUCAUCUGGACGCUUAUAUCCCACUGCAGAUCAACUCUGAUGAGAGCAAGGCAGCCUUCCACCGGAAGAGAAAGCAAUUAAUGGUAGCCAUGCCGCUUCUGCCGGUGCCUUCUUGAUCAGGGUGUUUCCCUGUGCUCCCGAGAUGGGAAGAAACCGCUGGCUUCCUUAAAGUUGAAAUAAAAGAUUUUUGCCUUUG